AUGUACCACCAGGCACUUAUAUUUGGAGCCUCAGGGAUCUCCGGGUGGGCUGUAACACGCGCGGCGGUGCUUUCAAAGCCGCCCUUCGCCUUUGACAAAGUCAUUGGUCUCACCAACCGGACCCUGAGCAUCAAAGACUCGAGUCUGCCUGAAGACCCCAGACUGGAGUUGAAAUCUGGACUCGACCUCAGCUUGGGUGUUAGCGCCGUCGUGGACGUGUUGAGGACUAUAAAUGGUAUCGAAAACACGACACAUGUCUACUUCACUGCGUACAUUCAUGGCGCAUUUGGUGAGACCAACAGCGAUGCCCGUACGCGCAUCAAUGUCGAAAUUCUGCGCAAUGCCGUACUAGCAGUGGAGACACUAUCACCAGCGCUACGUUUCUGGACGCUCCAAUCGGGGGCAAAGUGGUAUGGGACAGAAUUCUCUCACAUCCUCAAACCCAAAACUCCUUUCAAAGGAACCGACCCUCGAAUCCCAUCACCAUACGCAGAUCAUUGCUUCUAUUACCCCCAAGAAGGUUUAUUACAGAAUCUAUCACAGGGGAAGGGCUGGGAUUUUGCCAAUAUUAUCCCCGACUCAAUCAUCGGAUUUGUGCCAAAUGGCAACCCAAUGACCAUCGCACACCCAAUCGGGCUAUAUCUAGCACUGUGGAAAUCAUUUGGGGGCUCAAAGGAAGUCGCUUUCCCAGGCACUCCUACCUCGUAUCGGACCCUGCAUGCAGACUCUGCGCAAGAUCUCCUAGGUGACUUCACAAUCUUUCUCUCGAUGCAAGGUGACAAGGUAGCCGGACAGUCUUUCAAUAUCGCCGACAACGACAGCGUGACUUGGCAGUCCACUUGGCCGGGCAUCUGUUCUUACUUUGGCCUGCACGGCACUGAUCCAGUUGAGGAUUCGGCCCUUCCACAAGGCGAAAAGUGGGUGAUGGAUUUGAAACCACAGUGGGAACAAUGGGAAAGGCAGCAUAGCCUGAAGAAAGGCACUGUUGCUAACGCACCCUGGGAUUUCUUCACUCUCAUUGUGUAA